AUCUGUAAUCGCUUCCGGGGAGGAGGACUUGGGGAGACAGGAGGGCGUGGGCGUGUCUGGUAUGGGAUGCCUUGCAAAGGAGGGGGCCUUGCGGAGAUGUGUGGGUGGUUCAUUUGAGGAAUCGUUUUCUUCCUUUUUGCCCUUUGAUUUGCCAAAAGGGAGAGUCCCCAUGGUCUCUGUUCAAGUUUUGGAAACUUUCUCUUUGGGUGGGCCUAAUCACAUACUACUUCAUUAUAGAACUGCCCAGGGCCUUUUCUGAUACUGAGCACAAACGUAGGGAAUAUGGCAGAAGAAAGGAAGCCUAUGCUGGGCUUCGUGGGCAAACUCCCCAGUGGGACCACACCUGGAAACUCAGGCAAGACUCGCUGCCCUUUGUGCAUGGGGCUUUUCAAAGCCCCCAGGCUCUUGUCUUGUUUGCACACAGUUUGCACCACCUGUCUGGAGCAGCUGGAACCCUUCUCAGUAGUGGACAUCCGAGGGGGAGAUGACACAAGCUCUGAGGGGUCAGUUUUCCAGGAACUCAAGCCACGCACUCUGCAGCCUCAGAUUGGCAUCCUCUGUCCGGUAUGUGAUGCUCAGGUGGACCUGCCCAUGGGUGGAGUGAAGGCUUUAACCACAGACCACCUGGCCGUGAAUGAUGUGAUGCUGGAGAGUCUGCGUGGGGAAGGCCAGGGCCUGGUGUGUGACCUGUGCAGCGACAGGGAAGUGGAGAAGAGGUGUCAGACCUGCAAAACCAAUCUCUGUCACUUCUGCUGCCAGGCUCAUAGGCGGCAGAAGAAGAUGACUUACCAUCCCAUGGUGGACCUGAAAGACUUGAAAGGCUACAGCCAGAUUGGGAAACCCAUUCCGUGUCCCGCUAACCCUGCGGAGGAGCUGAGACUGUUCUGUGAGCUCUGUGACCAGCCCGUGUGCCGGGACUGCAUGGUGGGGGAGCACCGGGAGCACCCCUGCGACCUCACCAGCAACGUUGUCCACAAGCACGGGGACUCCGUGCGGGAGCUCCUCAAAGGCACCCAGCCCCACGUGGAGGCCCUGGAGAAGGCCCUGGCACAGAUCAAAGGGACCAACAGUGCCCUGCAGGAACGGGUGGAGGCUGUGGCCGCCGACGUCCACACCUUCUCCGAGGGCUACAUCAAGGCCAUCGAGGAGCAUCGGGACAAGCUGCUGAAGCAGCUGGAAGACAUCCGGAUCCAGAAGGAAAACUCCCUGCAGCUGCAGAAGGCACAGCUGGAGCAGCUGCUGGCAGACAUGCAGACUGGAGUGGAGUUCACCGAGCGCUUGCUGACCAAUGGCUCCGACCUGGAGAUCCUCAUCACCAAAGGGGUGGUCAUGGAACGGCUCACAAAGUUGAACAAAGUGGCAUAUAGUGCCCAUCCUGGAGUGAACGAGAAGAUCACCUUCUCUCCUAAGGAGAAAGCAGGCCUGUGCCGUGGCUAUGAAGUUUAUGGGGCCAUCAAUACCAAAGAGGUCGAUCCAGCCAAAUGUGUCCUUCAAGGGGAAGAUCUCCACAGAGCCCGAGAGAAACAGACAGCCUCUUUCACCGUCAUGUGUAAGGAUGCAGCAGGAGAGAGCAUGGGCAGGGGAGGAGAGAACAUUCAAGUCGCAGUAGUCCCUAAAGAUAAGAAAGACAGUCCAGUCAAAACGAUGGUCCACGAUAACAAGGAUGGGACAUACUAUGUUUCCUAUACCCCCAAGGAACCUGGCAUCUAUACUGUGUUCGUCUGUGUCAAGGAACAACAUGUGCAGGGCUCACCAUUCACUGUGACCGUGAGGAAACGGCACCGCUCACACCCAGGCGUAUUUCACUGCUGCACGUUCUGCUCCAGCGGAGGCCAGAAGACUGCUCGCUGCGCAUGUGGAGGCACCAUGCCGGGUGGGUACCUAGGCUGUGGCCACGGACACAAAGGCCACCCGGGGCGCCCCCACUGGUCGUGCUGUGGGAAGUUUAACGAGAAGUCAGAAUGCGCGUGGGCAGGUGGGCAGAGCGCAGCGAGCAGUCUACUGAGGACGGUGGCCCUCUGAUGGCUUCCUGGGUCUGUGGUCACAGCUGCGGCCAGCACAGCUUCAGAUCACCAGAGGACCCCUGACCUUAAUUCUGAAGAAACUGAUAGAAUUUAAAACAAAGUGCCUUAUGUUAUACCCUUGAGUCCAAAAGUACCUUUUUGUGAGUUACUCACUGAUUGUACGUGCAGGUGGUCGAGCACCAGAGACCACACUACAUUUCUCUUCUUCUUGGCCAAAGGUCUUUGGGGGGAGGGGAGGCAGUCAGCUGUCUCGUUAAAGUUAAUACCAGAUGGUGCCCCUCAUUAGUGUCCUUUUAAAACAUAUAUACUGUAGUCCAGUAGGAGAGCGACUGUACAAAAUGGCUAAAAUAGAGUUUAGAAUCAUACAGUGUGUAUCUUAGUUCAUCUUCAAAAGCAGACAGAUCUUUGAAACUAGAGGUUGUUAAUCAAAGCUGGCUUUAUAGGAGGAGUAUAAUGUAUGCAUUACUGUUUUAAAACAGUGUCAGUGUGUGCAUGUUUUUGUAUGACUGAGCCCAUUCAUUGUUAAGUCUAAUAAACUCGUUAGAAAUAAUGUACUCAUGUAGACUAGCAAUAUAGUAUGUAGAUGUGAUCUCAGUUGUAAACAGAAAAAUCUAAUUGAAUAAACUAUGUAUCACCCCCUCAAAAAAAAAAAAAUGUCCUUUCUAUACCAAGGAGGCUCCUUUCUGUUUUGUACAGACAUGGAGGUACCCAUGCCAUUGGAAUUUAGCACUCACGGGGGUAAUUUAGUUCCUCACUUUUUGAUGUAUAACUUUCUUAUUUCUCCCUGAGCUAUGUGUCAUUUAGAUAUUUCCCUCAGAGAAUAAAAACCUCCUUUCCUCCUAUCCACUUGCUGCUAGCACACUUUAAAUGGAUUAUAAUGUGAUAUUGCUGUUUAGGUGGACAGCCGCCAUUUCCCCUCUACACCACGUUCACGUCAUAACCCCAGAGCCUAGAAGAUUACUGUUUGGUCAGGGGCAGACACGUAGUCCGUAAAUAAAGGGGAAUGCUGUUGAAAUAGGACCUCAUAAAUUCCUUGCAGAUGUACUCAUGCCAGGCGAUCCAGAUACCUUCAUCCUCUUCACAUCUCUCACCCUCUUUGUCUUUUAGAGAACCGUCUUCAGUUUUGUCUGUAUACCUAGGAAGUUAACUAGAAGCUUUGACUCCUAGAGCAUGCCUGCUUAACUGAAGAGAAUUCUUGGGAGAGGAAGUACACAGCACUGGUGCCCCAGCCCUGCCGUGGUCUUCACUGUAUAUAGUUUGUGUGUUCUUCUGGGACACUUGAUUUCUUAUAUAGCAAAAACUCAGCAUGUAUUAAAUAUAAUUAUUGAAAUCUGCAAUGUAAGAUCCAUUAAG